CCCCUUUCACUUAAACCUCUGCAGACACCUGAGAGGAAAGGAGAAUGCAGAAGAGACCCUGAAGCUGAACUUACACUUCCAGACAAUAGCUGGUAGGGUGCGAAUGAUCUGUCAGGCUCUUUCUCCCUAGGCUAGGCUACUGACUGGCACUGAAGGAUUUUCAGACAUCUCAUCUGUACGCUUCAGUAUUACAAUGGGUGUGAAACUCGGAGAUAACAAGUCACAAAGUCGGUCUGUGGCUGGCUGCUACAAGGGAGUCUUCAACAACAUUAAGGUCUUUGUACUGUGCCAUGCGCUCCUGCAGCUCUCCCAGCUUCUAUACAGUGCUUACUUCAAGAGCAGUCUGACCAGCAUUGAGAAACGCUUCGGCCUCUCCAGCUCAUCCUCGGGCCUCCUCUCCAGCAUUCAUGAGAUCAGCAAUGCCGUGCUCAUUAUCUUUAUCAGCUAUUUCGGAUGUCGGGUACACCGGCCUCGUAUUAUUGGUAUUGGUGGUCUGUUGCUUGCCCUUGGGACCUUCCUACUGACAGUACCACACUUCCUUUCGGAGAAAUACGAGUACAUGGCAAUUGAAAAAGGAAAUAAAUCCUAUCAUGAGUUGUGUACAGGAGAAAACAGGACGUCACAUUGUGCAAGGACACAUGGCAAACACCGGCUUCAGGCAACCAACACAGAAGCCACCAGCAUGUGGGCAAUAAUGGUUGUGGGACAGCUACUGGCUGGCAUUGGGACUGUCCCCAUACAGCCGUUUGGUAUCUCCUACAUAGACGAUUUUGCAGAACCAAACAAUUCUCCUUUGUACAUUGCCAUUUUGUUUGCCGUGUCUGUGUUCGGCCCAGCAUUUGGGUAUCUACUGGGUUCUGCGGUCUUGCAAAUGUUUGUUGACAUCGGAAGAAUUCUCCCUGGGGAAGUGGACAUUGGCCCACGGGAUCCCCGAUGGGUAGGAGCUUGGUGGCUAGGCCUACUCAUUGCAUCUGGGUGCCUGGUUGUUACCUCCAUCCCUUAUUUUUUCUUUCCAAGGCACAUGUCAACAAAUCAGAAAUCAGCAACAGAGGAGAACGUUCUGAGAAAGAAGCCGGAUGCCUCCAGUGAGGAAGGUUCUCUGUCCGGCUUUAUUAAAAAGUUCCCGCGAUACUUUAUACGCCUGUUCAUGAAUCCCCUCUUCCUGAUCCUGGUCCUAGCACAGUGCAGCUUCUCCUCGGUCAUUGCUGCUCUGUCCACCUUCCUCAACAAGUACUUAGAAAAGCAGUAUGGAUCCAGCGCUUCAUACGCCAACCUCCUCAUCGGUGCUGUCAACUUGCCAUUCGCUGCUCUGGGGAUGCUGAUUGGAGGAAUCAUUAUGAAGAGAUACUGCUUCUCAGUGAAGGUCAUUCCUCGCUUUGCUCUGGGAGUCCUGCUAUUCUCUGUUAUGCUCUGUGUACCUCUUUUCUUCAUGGGCUGCUCCACACAGAAGCUGGGGAUCCCCAGUGACAGUAUGAAUAUGACGUGCAACCAGAGAUGUUCAUGUCCACAAUAUGCUUUCCACCCUGUGUGUGGGUCUGAUGGAGUGGAAUACCUGUCUCCGUGCCAUGCCGGCUGCAGCUCAUACAAUACUUCUUCAUCCAUAUAUGACGGCUGCUUGUGUAUUAGUAAAGGCUCCCCAGGAGGAACCGCUAAAUCAGGAUCCUGUCCUGUCAGUUGUGACUACCUCCUGCUUCCUGUCAUUUUCCUCAUCUCCUUUGCUGGGUUCAUCGCCUGCCUGUCUCAUAAUCCUACGUACAUGAUGGUCUUAAGGGUGGUGCCACAGGAUGAUAAAUCAUUUGCAAUUGGAGUCCAAUUUCUUCUUAUGAGGCUUUUAGCUUGGCUGCCUGCUCCGGCUCUCUUUGGGUUUGUCAUUGAUUCUGCCUGCAUUCAUUGGGCUACAUCCUGCAACCAGAAAAGAGGAGCGUGCCGAUAUUACAAUAAUGAUCUUCUGCGGAACAGGUACCUUGGUCUCCAGAUGGGAUACAAGGCUCUGGGAAUCUUGCUGUUGAGUUUCAUUGCCUGGAAGGUAAAAAAGAGCAGAGAGUACAAUUUACAAGAGAAGGAGUCUGGUGUGGCAUAGCUUUCCCCCUCACACCAAUAGACUGCUGGACGUUAGUCCUUCUCCCCUCCCUGACACUGUAUUCUUCAGGGGCCAACACUGCCGGAGCCCCUCCUAACAAUGCAAAUGACAAGACUAUGAUCAGCGGGAAAGAUCUCAAACACCUUAUGAAAGCGUCCAGCUACAAGGAUGGUAAAAUACAAGGUUGUGUGGUGUGGAGGACAAAGCUCAAGUGCCAGUCACAGUAUUCUAUUAGUUAAUAGACUCUGUGACAAGAACGCACGGAAGUAACUACAUUUGCACUCAAAUUCACUAUUAUUAUAUAGUCUGACUCUAUAUAUAUCCUUAUCCUUGCUGCUGUAGUUAACAGGAACUGGCUGAACCCUUUGCCUAGUGCCAAGGGGUGCAAUUAUCCAUCCGCAGUGGUGCUAGAACCUCAUAGUGAAAACAUGGACUCAUUAGCGUUUCCUAAGAGGAAGGAGGAGGCUCUUCUAUACAGCGCUAAACUCAUUUAUUUUGUGAACUGAAGUUAAUCUGCAGUAACCAAAGGACACUUUUUAUAUAUAUUUUUCUACGUGUUCUGAGCUGGAGGAGGUUUUGUGGUUGAUACAUAGAUGCAUCAUUCUUGUUGUGAACUUCACGAUAAACAGUUUAUUAUAAACUAUAAUAUAACUAGUACAGUAUUUUACUCAUUUUCCAGUGGGCAAUCCAGGAUAAAUUACAGAGUCAAACUAGAGCAGAUACCAGUCUACCACCAAGAGUGAAGGAUUGGACUCAGAGCAUUAUGGGAGACAGAUGUGUACUUGUGGUUCCCAAUUCACCAGCACAGCGGAAUCUUUCUCUCUGAUCACCGUCUGUUUCCUGGAAGGAAUCUUAUCUUGCUGCUGUAUAUAAUGUCAUUAUUUUUAACGAAUGUGAAUGUAAAAAAAAUUCUCAUAGAUGGGCAAGGUCACUAACUUGGUGGCUUGCAAAUGGAAUAUGUCAUGUCCACACAGGUUCUUUUAUGUGUCAAGGAAAAACAUAUAUUUAAAGAUAUACUUUACAGAUAAGUGCUGUUUGCUGGCUCCACUGGGAUCCCUGAUACAUACCACUCAUUUCUCAGUGAUAUCCUUAAUGCCUCAUUGAUGUGCCUCAUGCCUGAUGUGCCUAAUGCUUCCGUGAUCUUAGUGGUUCCUAGUGAAUGUACAGGCUGCAUGCUUCUGAAUAUUAUUUGAGCCCACUAAAUAGCUACUGUACCUCCA